AUGCCUCAUAGUCAGAUGAGCCAGCACUUCAAGUUUCAAGGAAGCCCUCAGGCCAGGGAUGGCCCAGGUCUGGUGAGUGUGCUGGUUCCUCUGUCUGAGGAGAAAGAGGCCACUGCUGACUCCUCCUUUACUCUGAAUCAAGCCACCCCAAGGAAGGUGCCUGCUGCUGGGACACCAGGUUAUCUCCUAUCCAGAAAGCCCCUUCUUCUCCCACAGCCAUGGUUUCUACUCCACAGCACCAGUUGUCAAGGAUCCAGAAGACAAGGUCUGUUCCCUUCACACAACCUGGUAGGCCCCAUGUCCUUCCUGCAAGAUGCACAAUCCUUGGUGCUCUUCAAGUAUCAAAUAAAGGAGCCAACAACACAGGCAGAAAUGCUGAAUCUUGUAGUAAGAAGUCACCAGGAUUACUUCCCUGCAAUCUUCGACAGAGCCUCUGAGUAUAUACAACUGGUCCUUGGCAUUGAUGUGAAGAAGGUGGACCCUACUGACCACUCUUAUAUCCUUGUUCCUGUGGUGGGGCUCACAUAUGAUGGGAUGCUGAGUGACACCCGGUUGCCCAAUACAGGCCUUCUAAUAAUUGUUCUGGGUGUCAUCUUCAUGGAGGGCAAUACUGCCACUGAAGAGGUAAUCUGGGAGGCACUGAGUGUGAUGGAGGUGUGUGCUGGGAGGGAGCACUACAUCUAUGGGAAUCCCAGGAAGCUGGUCCCUGAAGUUUUUGUUCAGGAAGAGCACCUGGAGUACCGUCAGGUGCCUAACAGUUAUCCUGUUUGUGGUGAGAUCCUGUGGGACCUAAGGACCCAUGGUGAAACUAGCAAGAUGAAAGUCCUGGAACACUGGGCCCUGUUCAGUGAGGGUGAUCCCAGGUCCUUCCCAUCUGUGUAUGAAGAGGCUUUGAGAGAUGUGGAAGAGGGGGCAAAUGAAGCAUAG